AGGGGGACGUGCAUGGCUGCACCAUCCUGCUCUUCCUCCGUCUGUCUCCUCUUUCUCUGUAGCGUCCAACAACUUUUGCAUUCGCUAUUUUUUUUUUAUGUUUCUUUUUUUUAAACUCGCCUUAUUUGCGCUGUUUUAUUAUCUAAUUUCCAAUCAUGAGCGCACAGAGAGCUCGGUAUGAGAGGCGGGUUGCAGAGCAGCAGCGUCAAGGCCGCCAGUGUUGAUCAAACACAGAAAUCAGCACAGGAUGUGUUGACAUCUCCUGUUGUUUCUCCAGCUUUCCUUGCCGAAAUGGAGCUCUCUUUGCAGAGCUCCCCUUCAAACAUAUCUAAACUGUUCCACAAUACCAGCAUGCCACUGAACGCCACUGGAAAUUACACCAAUGACCAAUUCACUGAAGUUAACCUCUUUGAAAUCCUGGGUCCAAAACGAUCUCCAUUCUUCCUCCCGGUGACCAGCGUUUACCUUCUCAUAUUCCUCACCGGCUUGUCUGGGAAUCUGCUCACAUGUGCAGUGAUAGCGAGGCACAAGAAGAUGCGAAACCCCACCAACUUCUACCUGUUGAGCCUGGCUCUGUCGGACCUCCUUGUGCUUUUGUUCGGGAUGCCACUGGAAAUUUACGACCUGUGGCAGAACUAUCCAUUCCCCUUUGGCGAAGGCGGGUGCUACUUCAAGACCUUCCUCUUCGAGACGGUCUGCUUCGCCUCAAUCCUCAACGUUACAGCUCUGAGCGUGGAGAGGUACAUAGCUGUGCUGCACCCACUCAAAACACGGUAUCUGUCGACCAACCAGCACGCCAAGAGGGUCAUCACCGUUGUGUGGGUAGUGUCGAUGAUCUGUGCCAUCCCCAACACCUCAUUGCACGGCAUCUUCUACCUGCCAGAGAAGAUGGAGGAGUCAGCCAUAUGCACUGUGCUGAAGCCCCUGUGGAUCUAUAACAUGGUCAUGCAGAUCACCACGGUGUGCUUCUACUUUGUGCCCAUGACGGUGAUUAGCGUGCUGUACCUGGUAAUGGGUCUUCAUUUGGGCAGAGAAAGACGGCAGUCGAGCGGGAACCUGGGGAAGAACUGUGGCAACAACACCCGAAGGAAGAUCAACGCGAAUGGGCGCAGAAGACAGGUCAACAAGAUGCUCUCAAUCGUGGUUGCAGUGUUUGGAGUCUGCUGGGCGCCCUUCCACAUCGAGCGGCUCCUGUGGAGUUCCAUCAGCCAGUGGACCGAUUUGAUGCACAACAUUUAUCAGUACGUCCACAUCCUGUCGGGCAUCCUCUUCUACCUCAGCUCAGCAGUGAACCCUAUCAUCUACAGCCUGCUCUCCACACGGUUCAGGGAGUGUUUCAGAGAACUCAUGUGCUCCCAAGCAGAGGAAAAUAGCUCUGUCAGAGACUCGCCACCAUUCCCUAAGAUUUUACUAGAUCCGUCCGUCUCAAGCUCCAGAGCUCAGGCUAAUGGUAAGGACUCCAACGCUUUCAUCCCUUUGUUGUCUCCUAACAUGACAUUGAGCAUGGACACCGCAAUCCUCUCAUGUGCAUGUAAAGAUUCGACCUGUAAGACCUCUGUGUUCUGAGAUUUGGUUUGAAUAAGCUAACAAGCAGAAGCCACUUUAAAGGACUAAUUUGACAUUUUGGGAAAUAUAUGCUGUCUUGCAGAAUUUAGAUGAGAAGAUUGAUACCACUCUGUUAAGUAUGAAGUGACUGUCAGGAUAGUUUAGUUUAGCAUGAAGACAGGAAACAGGAAGAAACGGCUUCUAAAGAAAAGCCACCUGAGGACAUUUGAAUCUUUUCUGGCAGAAUAACGCUGGCGAUCUCUGCCGUGGUUGUGUAGCAACAACUGUAGGUGGAAAUAUGUACUGCCUGAAUUGGACCGAACACGGUGCCUGUUCCCUAAUUGAGCACAACCCUAACCCUAAUUCUUUAGGCAUUUUUAACUCUUUUUAACAAGGACAGUUUCAGUGCUGUUUUCUUAGCGGCUAUGUGGUAACACAGAGACGCAAGCAUUUAGGAGUACCUCACCAGCGUCACUGUAUGCAGUGUUUUAGAAAUGCUGAGGUCCAAAAGCUGAACCAGGGGUACGGCUCAAAGCACCAAAGUUAUUUUCUAGCAAUUAUUUCAAAAGUUUUAUUGUCUAACCCUUGAAAAAGGGUUCAUACCUUGGUAAUCUCAGUGGUGGGUACGGCCAUGCUCACCAGAGGUGGCGGUACUUAAUAAGAAGUAAGGGUACUCAUGUGGACAAAAAGCUGAAGGCACUGUAAAUAUUGAUUUUUUACUU